AUGAACCCCGAUGCGAGUUUGAUUAAUGCGCUCGUAGAGCGGUGGCGACCCGAGACGACGACCUUCCAUCUACCGUGUGGUGAGAUCACGAUCACGUUAGAGGACGUUGUUACACUGUCCGGUUUGGCGAUCGACGGUGAUGCCGUCGUAGUUGAUAUACCGGAUGAGGAGUGGUCGGCGAUCUGUUUGAGACUGUUAGGACGGGUUCCGGUUGAUCUUGUAGGCGGGGUCGCUGUUGUUAGGAUUGUUUGGAUGAGGGUUGAAUUCAGUCAUUUGCCGGAAGAUGCAUCACAGGAGGUUAUAGAGCAGUUUGCACGAGCUUAUGCUCUAUCUCUGAUUGGAGGUGUACUUUUCCCGGAUCGGUCUGGAUCUACGGUGCACCUACAGUACCUACUUCUGAUUGAGGAUUGGGAGAGGGCUGGAGGGUUCGCCUGGGGAGCUGCUGUUUUAUCCUACCUGUACCGUGAGAUGGGUAGGUCGACUUUGCAUGUGCACAUUAGGAUGGAGAGUAGAACCAUUAUGCUUCUUCCAACUCUUAGGUUCACCAAGAGGUGCGAAACUUGUCCCAUAACAAGCCAUCGCUGUUUCCAGCUUGUAGACAUUGUUUACAAGCCUAUACGCAUUAGCCCCCAUUCGGUUGCAAGCUGCAAUGGCAUGAGAGCAAGGAAUUUUAUUUCCUUGAAAUUUACCACAGUUGCAAAAUCCCUCCCGGUUUUGGUCGUCAAAGUGCACUGUGAGUGUGUUUGA